CAUGUUCAGUCAGUCUUAUUGCGUCACGCCGUCCGGUCUUACGAUAACAUUGUUAAAACAUUUGAUACUCGAAUUAAAAAUAUAAGUGCAUCAAAAUGACGAUCAGCAGGCUAUCCAUCGUUAAAUUCCUUGAACUGGCGCUGACCUGUUCAUGCGUGGCCCUGCAUUACCACAGUUAUAAUGCAGACGCGGACCUUGGUAUGCUGGUCACCGGGACCUUCAUUGGAUAUCUCAUCAUAUUCGCUGGAGCAGCUGCAGGGUACUUGAUGCAGACGCCAUCACACAAACGAAUUGACAUCUUCUACUCGUUGGUCGGUGUUGCGCUCUUCGUUGCCAGUGGUGCGAUUAUCAUUGACAGAUUCCAGCACUACGGCAAAAGCGACUUCAGAGAUAAGAAUCUAGCUAAGGCGUCCCUGUCCAUUAUCAACGGAGCCGUUUUGCUUAUCGACGCGGUGUUGACACAACGCGGCGGGUAGAUGGCGCUGUUUGCUAUUUAUAUUGAAUAUUUUUAUACGGCUAUGAUUCAAAAAAGCAAUCACGAAAUUAUAUACGAAAAUAAGGAUAAAAUCAAGAAAAUACAAUUAUACUAACUGAUAUAAUAUGUAUAUUUAUAAGGCUACCUCAAAAUAUUUUCGAUAAAUAUACAAAUAUGCUUUUAUAAAGAAAAUUAUGUUCGAUACAUGAAAAAUAGUACAUAUUCCAAAGUAUUUUCACACAAUAUUGCAUUUAACUUUAAGUGUUUACGAAAAUAAUAACUUUUUAUAAUUAUCACAUUUUUCUACAUUUAUGACAAGUUUUUCUAAACGCUAUUGACAUUAUUGCUUAAAAUUUAGUACAUAAUUAGUGUUAAGAGAACAAUAUCAAAGUAAAGAAGUGUUUUAUAUAAUUUAUUGAUUUUACAAUCAUUUUAAUAAUUACGAGAAAUAGUUAUUAACUGUCCAUAAACAAAUAUAACUUAAGUUAAGUUUAGUAAUUUAUUGUUUGUUUUUGUUAUGAAUGCUUUUUACAUUUAGUUUGAGCACAAGUAAUUUUGGGAGGAAAAAUCUUUAUCUUUUUCUGAAUUCAAACUUUUAUAAUACUUUUGAACAAUUAUAAAGAUU